AUUCGAUAGAUAAGGUUGAUGGGAUUUGCCCUGUAAGUUGGGAUGUACUGCCCAAAUUUGGUGGUACGAAUGCCCACGACAGCUGUUGACCAGGCUCAACGAAAGCUGCGGAGCGCUAACGCUGCAACAAAGCGCCUGUAUUCAUAAAUUAAAUAUGUAGUCCUACAUACAUUCGUCUUUUCAGGUUAACAACAGUUUGCCAACAUGGCUUCGCAAGACAACCUCGCUUCUCUCGUUGCAACUGCUGAGAAACUAGUGCACCCGCUCGCGGAGGUUCGGCGCCGUGCUGUACAGAGCCUGGACUUUAAGCUGAAGCAUCGCCUGCUGGCGCCGGAGGAUAUCGCAAAGGAACGGGCGGUCUUGAAGAAUCUCCUUGGCUGCUUGCAAUAUGACGACAACGGCGUUUCCACGGAUGCUGCCGUACUCAUGCUGCUGGCCAAAGUGGCAGCCUUACCCGGUGCUGCACGCCAGGUGUUGCACCUGGGGGGAGAGCAGCUGCUGUCGGGCCUGCAGCAAAGCCGUUCAGAGGAGCUGCAGCCAGCGGUUAGCAUGGCUCUCACAGCCAUCCUCGCUGCGCCAAGGAUAGCGGGAUCUCAGCCGGCAACGCCCGCAGCCUUGCAAUCUCAUGGUUUGCAUGGCGUGCCCUUGGGUACUUCAGCGGCUCCCGGGCAUUGGUCGGCACACACUGGCGACGCUGACCGGUCCUACACCGGUGCUGGGUUUGCUACGCAGCCGCCGCCCUCGGAGGCAUCCGCAGCCCCCAUCCCGGCUGCGGCCACUCUGCGGCUGUCGCACAAUGCGCCCCCGCCGCCCGCCUUCACGUACAAUCCAACACCUGCCGGCGUGUAUAGACAGGAAAUGCCUGGCGGUCCGGCGAUCUAUGACCUUCGGUCCAGCCAAGGUGUGUUGCAUGCAGCCACCGCUGCAACCGUUAGGCCGCCAGUCAACGGCGGGCCCGCAUCCGGGGCACAGACGACAACGGCUUUUGGCCGGACGCUGCGUACACGUCAAGGGGCCGAACGGCACCACCGGCAAAACGAAGGGACAGAUAAGGAUGCCGCUAACACUUGCAGCAGCAGCAGUCAACGUGACUGGGUGUUGCAGUCGGUGUCUCUGGGCCAGGCAGAUGACCAGGAGCUGUUUGAGCUGUCACUGCGGCUCAAGUACAUGGAUGAUCCGCGGAUUGCCCUGCCGGCGCUCAUUCAGCUGCAUGGCGCAUCGUUGGUGGAACUUCCCGUGGAGGCUGUUGUGGCGCGGCAUGACGUCGUGAACCACCUUUUGGCGCUGAUCACCGCCUCCAGCACGCGUCACGACAUGCUGUCCCUGGCAGCUCAGUCGCUGCUGCGAAUCGUGGUGCUACUGAAGAGGGCGCUGCUGCUCGCUACGGACCCCAUGUAUAACAGCCCUAGCGGUGCAAGCGGGGGCUGUGGUGGCGGUAGCGGCACCGGGCCUGCAGGAUGGGAGCAGAGCCCUGCUAGGUCCCCAGGGCGUGGUGGCGCCUCGUCUCCGCCGCCGUCUAGCCAUCUACCGUUCGUGGACGUGCCAGAGAAGCCGCCGCAGCAGCAACAGCAAGAUGCGGAUAGCCAGCGGUUACUGCCGCAGGCGCUGCCGAAAGCGGGCGGCGCCGGCGGUGAUGCUGCUCAGGCGGGCGUGACCCAUGGGUCGGCCGAUGGGCUUGUCAACGCGUCACGGCUGGCGUAUCUGAUAUCUCUGCAGGUGUUCAACGCUCUCAGAGAUCCGCAGCGUCUCUUCGUCCUGGCGCCGCUUGCGGAGGAGUUGAUGCCGCUGCUGCUUGUGGGCCGGGAGGGGGCGUUGGCGGCCGGGGGUUCAACCGAGCAGGAGAGGACCAAGUGGAGCCAGCUGCUCCAGGCCCUAUCGAAGGCCCUCAUUGCCAACCUUUCCAUCGCCCGCGCCGAGAGCCCUCCCGUCGUCCAAGCCAUCGCUCGAGACGGCGGCGCAGGGCCCCUGCCCCCCCUCCUCAACGCGCCCUCCGCAACCAUUCUCUCCCUCGCCGCCAGACUGCUCACAGCCCUUCCUCGCGAGCUUUGUACCCCUGAGUUCCUCCCACCAGCUCUCAUCGACACCCUUGCCGCGAUCGCGAGGGACGACAUCCUGUCAGAACUCCUACAAGGCAUGCGCGACGCGAUCCUACCUGUCCUAUCAGCUGUGCGCCCCGACGCAGCCACCCUACUUGACGUGGCGGCGGCUGGUGAGGCGGCGCUGGAGGCAGGCGAGACACUUGUACGGCAGGUGCCGCUGCUACGCUCUGGGGAUCUGCUUCCGGAGUGCUGGUUGCAGCAGCUGCAGCAGGCGCUUCCAGCGCUGCACCUGCCGCAGCAGCAGGAGACGCUGAUGGAGGCGGUGGUUCAGGGGCUUGCGCUGGUGUGUGGGUGUGGGCGUGGAGGCGGAGGCGGUUCAGCGGAGCCGGCGAGUGCCUCACGCCGCCUGGCAUGGGCUGCAUCGCCCGGUGGUGCACAUGGCAGUGCGGGAACUGAUGUGCACGAUGCAGCCGAUGCGGCGGGGACGGAGACGGGGAAGGUGCCAAGCUGGAUACGGCAGGCGGAGGAGCUUUUCCUGGCGCUGCUGUCGCAUGACUCCUCCGCCGUGUCGCUGGCGUGCUACAGCCUGCUGGAGAGCUUGGUGCAGGAGGUCAGGUCGCAGCCCGACCACCCGCUGCCCCGGCUGCUGACGCGGCAGGCCAUUCUGGAGCACCUGGUAGUGGUGGGCCUGACGGAGGAGCGCACCCGCCGCCAGGUGGCUCGCAUUCUGCUGCACAUCAUGCCUGGCGCACACGCCCAGAAGUGUCUCCUGCCCUGGACCUGCUGGGUACGUCUGUACGAGUCCGACCCCCAAGUCGGCGCACUCGCAGCGGCCUUGGCAGCCGCCAGUCACAGCAACCUGCAACAACAACAACAACAACAGCGGCAUGCCCUCAUGAGCUGCAGCUGGCCCUGGCUGCGCGCAGCAGUGCUGGAGCUAUACAGCGGGGAUGCGGAGCGGCGCCGGACCGCGUGUCGGCAGCUGGCGGGGGCGCUGCAGGCCCUGGGCUGCCCGGUGGCGGGUGGGGAGCCGCACUCCGCUGAUCCCUUCAGGGUCUGCCUGGACGGCGGCGCUCGAGACGACCUGGUUGUGCCCGCCGCCAACCCGCGCCUGGCUCGCAGCUUCCGCCCCGCUGACGUGGCCAACCUGUUGUCCAUCCUGGCGAACAGCGAGCUGGCAUUGGAGCUGCGGCGCUCGGCAGCAGAGCAGAUGCUGGCGCUGGCGGCGGAGGAGCGGCUGCGGGAGGUGCUGGAGGAGGAGGCCAGUCUGCGCACCAUUGUCUGCGUCGCAGCGCUGCGAGACCCCGCCUCCGGCGCCGCCCUCACCGCCAGCCAGGCGGGCUCCCUAGCUGUCCAGGGCCUGCAGCCGCCCAGCCCCGACCUGCUCUCCACGUUGGACGUGCAGCUGCCCAUCGCGGCUGUCAACCUGCUCUUCGUGCUGGCGGCGCAUAGCUCCCGGGUGCGAGCUUGGCUGACGUCUGCUUCGGAGGCAUCAUCUUCGUCCUGUCGCAUGGGCGGCCAGGGUGAUAGCAACGGCUUGGGUGGUGGUAAUGGAGGUGGUGGCGGUGGCAGCAGCAGUGGCGGUGGACUGGAGAUGCUGCAGAGCGGCGUGUUGCCGCUCGUGUUUCACAGCAUGGUAACGGUCCGGAGGGCCGUGGCGCGGUUGUUCGCAACGCUGUGUUUUGGCACGGAGGCGGAUCGAUGGUCCGGCUGGGCGGCGACGGUUGCGAAGGUGGCUGCUACACCACGAUCAGCGGCGGCGGAUGGGGACAGCAGGACUGUAGCGGGUGGUGUCGGAGGCGGCAACUCGGGCAGGGCUGGAGACGUGUUGCUGCUUCCGCAGCCCUUCCAGCGCGGGUACUGCUACCCCUGCCGCGUGACGUGGGUGGGGCUGCCGGUGCAGCACUGCCAGGCAGGGAAGCAGCAGCCCGCGCUUGCGGGCAAGCCUAGAUUACAAGAUUUGGUUUCAGAGCAGCGGCAGCUGGUGGUGCUGCUGAUCCAGGAGCGCCAGGCGCUGCGAGCCGCGGGAGGGGACGCCGGUCGCCUGCUUGCACUCAUGAACGAACGACCUGACUGCUUAGCUGGCCUCAGCCCCGCCGCACUGCACACGCUGGCAGCCAGCAUCCGAGCCGUGGCCCCCGCCGGCCUGGUGUCACGCUGCCUUGCUGCCGUACGCUCGGCCACCUCGCAUGCCGAGUGCACCCAGGCGCUGCGGGGCCUGCAGCUGGCGUGCAGCACGCGGCAGGGAGUGGCCGCGUUUGCAACGGCUGACUGGCAGGUGGCACUAGAGAACCUGCUGGCCACCUGCCCCAGCAGCCCCGAGGACCGGGCACUGUGGCUAGAGCUGCUGGAGCUGCUCCGGCGCUGCCUGGUGUCGGGGGGGCUUAACCAGCCCCAGCUGCUGCAGCUGGCCCUGUACUUCCAGCAGAGCGCCCUCAGCCUGCUGUCGGCUCCGGAUGCGUCCGUUGACCCGCCGGCGCUACCCAUCGCACUGGCGGGCAGCGCCGCCCUGCCCGCGCACUCCUCCGACCAGCAUGCGUACCUGGCGUGUACGCAGGCGGUUCUGUCCACGCUAGUGGAGCUGGUCAGGUGCGUUCGUAUGCGCCUGCCGCUGCAGCAGGCGCUCCGCGUGCUGCUGGCGCUCUCGCCCACGCAGCUGCUGCGCACCCUGGGGGCCGCCUACAUUGGCAACGGCGCGGCAAACUACGGCUGCCGCGCGCUGUCGGUGCAGCUGUUGCAGGAGAUGACGGCGCUGCUGGCGGCCGCGCAUGAAGUGAACGCCGUCGAGGUGGCUUCGCUCGAGCCAGGUCUUCAGGAGGCCUUGCUGGCAUGCCUGGCCGCGUUGCUGAACAACAUUGGCGGCGGCUUCGCAGCGGGGGCGGCUUCCGCUCCGCAGUUGGCUGGCGGUCUAGGCGGCCUGGGCGGCGCCUCCGUGCCAGCAGUGGCGGCGGAGCGGGCCCGAGAGCGGCAAGCGGGCGGCUUUGCUGGCAAGGGCGCGGUACGGCUGGCCAUGCACUGCCUGCUGCACCUGACAUCGCUGCUGCCGGUGGUGGAAUGGACGUCGGUGUGGCAGCAGCUGAGUGGCAGCUUCUGGGUGUCGCGGCUGCUGCGAGAUCGCGACUGGGUGCUGCGCUCCCUGGCAGCCGAGGUGCUGGCGCGACUCAUGCAGCCGGGGGCGGAGGGCACGCAUGCAAUGGUAGCGCAGGGCUGGCCUGACGCAGUUAAGAUGAUGGCCAAGGCCGCCAGUGACCGCGGGAACUGCUAUGCGUUGCGUGCGGCGGCACUCCGGGUGCUGGGCAGCUGCAUGGCACAGGAAGCUGCUGCACCCAGCGGCGUGACGCAGCCCGCCGCCGCCGACCCGGAAGACGGCGACUCGCCCUCUUCCGAAGCCUCCCUCCUGCCCCGCCGGCAGCUCUUCUCCUCCACCACCUCCCUCCCCCCUGCCGCUUGGUUGCUCCAACACGCCACGCUAUGGGCCCAGCUGCCCGCCAUGCUACGGGAACCAGACGCGCCAGCGCCCUUCCUGGCGUCCGCCCUAGCGCUGCUGCUGCAGGGGCUUCUGCUAGACGGUGAGGGAGUGGCGGCGCAGCUGGGGCAGCCGGGCCUCGUUGACCGCCUGCUUCAGCUGCUUGACGUCCGGACCAUCGGGGACGUGAUGGGGGUUGUAUGGCCUCAAGGAAGCGGAAGCAUGACGCCGGCGGUGGCAGCGGCUGGCAGCGGCGACAGGGCAGCGGUGCUGGCAGUGCUGGGGAGUGAUGCGGAGAGUUGCGCAGAAGGGCAGGCUGGUGGUCUUGGGAUCCGAGGAGGUGGUAGUGUUGCGGGUGUGGUUGGUACUGCGGCCGGGCUGGCGGCAGCAUCGAGCGGGCAGGGAGCGACUCGCUGGGCUGACGUGCCGGCCGCGAUGCAGCUGGAGAUGUGCGCUGGCAUCGACGCGAGCGUGAAGCCCAGGGCAGAGGACGGCCCGGCGAGUGGUACAAGACCCACUGAUCCGAACGACACCCGUCACCAUCUCGCCGCACUCCGCUGCGCCGCUUUGGCAGCCCAACUGCUGGCCCACACCCAGCAGGACCCGCCGUUACUGUCACUACCCAGCCUAGGCCUCUCCCCCGCAGCUGCCGCGGCAGCACUGCUGGGAUGCUUCGCUCGGCUGGCGUCUUGCGUGGCAGCGAUUGACGCGACCCAUGGGUCACAGACUGCUUCCCAGGCGGCGGAGGGCAUGCUACGGCUAGCCGCGGCACGGCAGGCGGCAGCCGCUGGAAACGCCGUACUGCAGCUCCUAGCUGAAGAUGAAGCGCACCAGGCUCUGGUGACGCUGAACGCCUUGCUUUCUCGUGCGCCUGGUCCGCUGCUAUGCCAGAGUGCUGAGGUGCUGCUGGCUGCCUGCAGCCCCCGGCCGCUCCGCAUGGAGGUGGUGUGUCUGCUGGCUACACUGCUGGCGCGGCGGGAGACGGCGGCACGGCUGCUGCAUUUCGAGCUGACAGAGGAGGAGUACCUGGUAGGCAGCACCGGCAAGGAGGUCGGAGCGGGUCUGUGUGCCGCGUUACUGGACCUCCUGCCAGACGGCGCCCUCGCCCCCGUUUCCACCUCCUCCCUCGACCUGCUGGGCUCGCCGCUGCCCCCGUUACAGCACUCCGCAGCCCCGGAUAGGCCCCCGACCCUGAGCUCCGACAGCCUGUGCAUCAUCGUGGCGCUCCGAAACCUGCUGGCGCACAGCAGCGGUGCCAAGAUGGCCGCGCUGCGGGCUGGGUACCAUCGGGCGCUGAUCGCCGGGUGCAGCAAGGCGACGACGCUGUUGGGGUCGGCUGUCACAGCGGCGCAGCAGGCGGCGUCUGGGGCGUCUGGGGCUGAGCGGAAGGCAGUCGGCUCGGUGGCAGCCUCUCCGACAACCAAGCCAGCGCCUGCAGGAAGGGGCGCCAGGCAGCCCGGCUCCUCGGCCCACGGACCCAGGGGUCACCCGGGCCUUCGCAAGCCAUCCUCUGCUGCCGCAGCUGCGCCGUCUACACAGCUGGCCAUUGAGGUUGGAGACGCGCCGUCGGUGCGAGUUUCCCUGGCCGAGGGGCCACAGCUAUCAGCGUCCCUGCUGCCCCGCGGCGGUGCAGACCAGGGGCGGCCGGGCCCCAAGGGACCGUCGGACCAGAAGGCAGCUGCCCGGCGGGCAAUAGAGCAAAAGGUGGUGGCCAGCCUGUCCCUGCUGAAGCACAUGGCGCACGGCAGCGCUCCUGCUCGCCAGCUGUUGGUGCGGGACGGCCUGGUAGCGCUGCUGCGCGCGUUGUGGCCGUGCGCAUCCGCCGCCACCAGCGGUCCUCUCUUCCAUGAGCUGCUGGGCUGCGCCACCAACCUGCUGCCGGACUGUGCGGAGGCGCGCUCGCGUGUGGCAUGUGAGGGAGGCGGACCCGAGGCUGCCAGCACAGCUGCAGGCGGUGCUGGGACGCUGCUAGGCAGCUUACUAGGCUGCGUCUUCGGGCCACUCCGUCUGGAGACGCCCACCUAUACCUUGUUGGUGGGUGUGCUGCUGCACUUCAGCGCGGCCGAGGACGGCGUGCAGCUGCUGCUCAAGUCGCCAUUCCCCGGCAUGUGUCAAAAGGCGCUGCAAGACAUGGCCAAUGCCCCCUGCGGCGGCACCGGAGGCCAGCGCUUGGGCCGUGACCUGCUGCGGCAGGCGGCUUUGCUGCAGGUGCUGGGCAACCUGGCAGCCUGGUCUGAAGGCCAGCGGGCGCUGCUCAAGUCCUCCUCCGCGCCUGGUCUGCUGGAGGUCGUCAUUCGCAUGGUGGCCAGCAGCCCAGAUGGCGUGCCCCUCGCCUACGCGCCCUUGCAACAGCAUCCUCAGCCGCAGCAGGACCAGCAGUGCGCCCUCCGUAACGCCGCGCUCGCCCUCCUGCGGAACUUGUGCUUUGCAGCGGAGGCGAAGACGCACCUGUUGGCACAACCAGCAGUGCUUCCGUCGCUGGUGGCGGCUGUGGAGGGGGUUGCGGACAACCCGCAGGGGGCUGCGUACGCUGCGUCGGGCCUGUGGUCGCUGGUGUACCAUGGAGAGAAGGUCAAGGCGGCUCUUCGGCGUGUGCCCAGUGCAGUGCAACGCCUGGUUACAUCGCUCGCAACCGCGCGCUUUCAGGAGGCCCGCGCCUCAGCUCGGCUGCCGGCUGCAUCCCCAAAGCGGAACAAUGGGAUGGCCACGGGGCAUCACGCCUCAAAAGGCGUCGAUGGGGAGGGUCCGACCGUUUCGCCUUCCGUGCAAACGGCGUCAGGACAGGACAGCCGCUGCAUGUGGUUGCAGCAGGCGGUCCUGCAGCUCUCGGGGCUGCUUGAGGCCUUGCAAGCAACGUCGAUCGCGGGUUCCGCAGAGCAUGGCGAGCAUGCGGAUCGGUCCUCGCUGCGUGACCAGGAGGCCCAGCUGUGAAAAUGUAACUAAACGUAGGUAUCUGCAUCGAAUGCUGCAAGUGAUUGGGGA